AUGGCUCCUAGCAGAAAGUCCUCCACCGCGGCCGAAGUCGCGUUGGUGCCGCUGAAAACAUGCCUCGUCAAUCUACCGACUUCCGUGGUCUCUCUGCUAGUCAAUGCGAAUGCAGCCGCGCAAAAUGUCAUUGUGGAAUUGCAGUAUCGCUCGUCAGGCUCACAGUCGGCUACUCAACGGUCUUCAUAUCUGGGAUGGACGGGGAUGCCCAGCAGGCGCAAGGUGGCACCCGUGGUGAGCAGAGACGGUAUCAGUGCCAGCUCUUCAAGCAGAGAGCAGGAAGUGGCAGUCGUCGAAAUAGAUUCCACGUUCGGCAGGGUCCUAGGUUUGACUGAGGGGCAGAAGGUCGGACUGUUUCUACAUCUAGAUCCUCCAAUUGCACAUACAAUUAACAUUGAACCAUUGACACCCGCAGACUGGGAGAUCAUUGAGCUGCACGCGUCAUUCCUUGAACUGAACUUGCUGCACCAAAUUCGUGCUCUACCGAACCCAGCAUUCACUGGGGCGUCAACAACUCCGGCAGACCACUUACAUCCGCUUACAUUGCAUCUCUCGCCCACCUCCACGGCCAAUAUCGUCGUCACCUCUCUCACUCCCGCGCCUCCUACAACCUCACCCUUCGCUAAAAUUGCACCCGAUGCCGAAGUUAUAGUAGCGCCAAAAGUCCGACCGAAAUCCGGCAAAGCCAACCGAGGCGAAAAUCGAAGUACGACAAGCAAUAGUCGCAAAAGCGUUGGGGGGAGAAGCACAAGCAGCACAGUCAAGGCAAAAAGUCGGGAUUCAGAGUCAGACCAACCUGCAGUAUACUUCAGAGGCUUAGACAGGCGAUAUGCGGAAGAGUGGUUCGAUGAAGAUGUUAAUGGCCACGCCAACGAGGGGCUCAAAAUCUGGGUUGAUCGAGACGUUCUUGCAACAAACCAAUUGCGUGGGAAUGAAUGGGCAGCCGUUUCAAUUGUCCAACCGGCAGGCUUACAAGCUCCACUCGAUCCCCAGCAACAACUGAACCAGAAAGAACAAGAGUCUGCCGAGGUUGGCCGACCAUCGGCCAAGCUGGUGGCUAAGCUCAUUCCUUGGGAUGAUGCCCCAGAUGAUCGACACGCUGCUCUGUCAUCGAUGCUUUGUACAGCAUUGAGCUCUUCGGGAAUUGUUGGAGGCGUUGUCAAAGUCGAGCCUGCGCCUACCCAGCUCUCUCGGUCUACGGUCAAGUCGAUCAAGCUCUAUCCGUUUGCAUCGGACCCGAGUAAGAAGAAGGAUGGCUUGAAAUUUGGCGGGGACACUGCUGCCUCCCGAAGUGCUUUGGCCGAGCGUAUCAAAGUCACAUACGGUAGCCCUGGGUCAGAGGCUGGCUUCAUGUCGGGUCCUCUCACUGAUGGGAUGGUACUUCCGGCAGUCGACAGUCAAUUUCCCGCUGCAGUCUUUGAUGGCGGUAUUGUGAAGUUUGAUCCACCUUCCAAGGACUCUGGGCCUUCAACCACUAGGUGGAUACUGGGUUCCGAGAGCAAGUUCAGUAUUGAUGUGCAAGCCGAGAUACCCAAGCCAAUUGACGCUACACUUUCUGGAGUUCCCACAGACGAGAAUAUACCUUCGUUACGCCCAGAAAUGGUCGGAAUUGAUUCCAUCAUCAGCCAGAGUUUGACCAAUUUAUCACGCAACUCGUCAAUGCUUCUAACUGGUGGUCUUGGAUCCGGUAAGACCACGUUGUGCCAGUUACUUGCUCACCGGUUACGAGAAGAACAUUUGUACAAUGUGACAUAUUUCUCCUGUCGAAAACUGGUAACGGACGAAACCCGUGUUUCAACUAUCAAAGAAACACUCAGUCGUCUAUUCCUGACCGCAUCUUGGUGCGCGCGCCUUGGUGGACGAGCCCUCGUGAUCCUUGAUGAUUUGGACAAGAUCUGUCCUGUGGAAACAGAGCUACAGGUUGGCGGAGAUAACGGACGUAGCCGACAAGUCAGUGAGCUCGUUGGUUCUAUCGUUCGGGAACAUUGCACCAUGACUUCAUCUGUGCUAUUAUUGGCCACGGCACAGGCCAAGGAAUCCCUGAACAACACCGUUGUUGGUGGCCAUGUUGUUCGAGAGAUUGUAAGCCUGAAGGCGCCUAACAAGGAAGGACGACGAAAAGUCUUGGAGAAAUUGACCAAUCAAGACAAGAAUGUGACAAUGUCCAAUGGUCACGCUGGUCAUGCUGGUCACUCCCGAAGUGAAAGUGGAUCGACUCAAGAGUCAUGGCUGGAUCCAUCCAACCCGGGGAGUCGACCCAGUUCCUCUGACGCGGACGGCUUCGUUCUGUCGCGAGAUCUCGACUUUUUGGACCUGGCCGGGAAGACUGAUGGAUAUAUGCCCGGUGAUCUUGUUCUUCUCGUGUCCCGAGCGAGGAACGAAGCUCUAAUACGGUCCGUCCAAGACUCCAAUACAGAGUCAACAAAGAUUACGUUGACUACGGAUGAUUUUGACCGUGCUUUGAAAGGAUUUACUCCUGCAUCGCUUCGAAACGUUACAUUGACAUCUUCCUCAACCACAUUCUCUUCUAUUGGUGGCCUUCACGAAACCCGUCAAACGCUUUUAGAGACUCUAGAAUAUCCGACUAAAUACGCUCCUAUUUUCGCUCAGUGCCCUCUUCGACUACGAUCGGGGCUGUUGCUCUAUGGGUUCCCCGGGUGUGGUAAGACUAUGCUUGCCAGUGCGGUAGCAGGAGAAUGUGGCUUGAACUUUAUCAGUGUCAAGGGUCCUGAGAUUCUCAACAAAUACAUUGGAGCAAGCGAGAAAAGCGUGCGUGACCUCUUUGAACGUGCCGAGGCCGCUAGACCGUGCAUCCUCUUCUUUGACGAGUUUGACAGUAUCGCCCCAAAACGUGGACACGAUUCCACGGGAGUCACUGACCGGGUGGUCAACCAGCUGUUGACUCAAAUGGACGGCGCCGAGGGACUUUCUGGAGUAUAUGUUUUGGCGGCCACGUCGAGACCAGAUCUCAUCGACCCUGCUCUGCUCCGUCCUGGGCGUUUAGACAAAAGUUUACUGUGUGACAUGCCGUCUCAUGACGACCGCGUCGAUAUAAUUCAAGCAGUCAGCAAAAAACUCAAAUUGAAUCACGAGGUCGAGUCACGCGUAGGUGAAAUCGCGUCGCGGACAGAAGGUUACUCUGGAGCCGAUAUUCAAGCUGUUGUAUAUAACGCACACCUCGAAGCCAUCCACGAUCUUCUAGGCGACCGAACUUCAGGAAACACAGCGGCGUCGACAACAAAACGAGCUAACGGUGCGCAAACCAACGGCUCCGACGCAGCCGCCCACAAAACCUUUAUCCAAUUCCUCUAUUCCGACGAACAAGUAGACGGUGACUCUGUCGCCCGCACCAAACUACCACCUCCCGCUGUUGUGGCUGCAAAGCUAGAAGCCUUUAAACAGGCACGCCGGCGUCAAAGACAGCUCGAGCACGGAUCCCAUCAGGAUGACACACAGCAGCAACAGCCCAAUGGGACCUCAGCGGCCGACGAUCCUGGCGAUGAAGUCAUCAUCGGGUGGCAGCAUAUCGAGAAGUCACUAGCAACGACUCGGAGCUCGCUGAGCGACCGGGAACGACGUCGUCUUGACGCUAUUUAUAAUGAAUUCGUGGUGGGACGCAACGGCGAAAUGCCAGAUGGAGAGGGAGCCAAGGAAAUCGGAGGGAGGACGAGUCUGAUGUGA